AUGAUCAACCCGCUCAGCCCGCGUCCCGCUAGGCCCGGAUCGGGCGACGAUGAAGAACUCGUCAGCCGUUGGGGACGUUCCGGCCUCGCUUCCUCCGACUACACUCCCCCCGGUCGGAACGACCUAGAACGGCUGAUCAUCAAACACGGCUACCCCACUCCUAUUGUCCUGUCGUCCCUGCGUGAUUUGACGGCCACACAAUCCCCAUAUAACCCGCCCUCGCGCUCUUGUUCCUGCUCGAAUCACUUCGAGACUCGUCUGUCUCCUUCCACCACCCGUCCCAUCCCGAUCCCCCGACCGCGCCGGCCGCCUCCCAUCUACGACGAUCUUCCUGUGACUCCACUGACAGGCCGAUUCGAGACGGACGUCUAUCUGCGCGAGUGGGAACUCUCAUCGCUCUCUGCCCGCUCCCAACGAGCCCAAUCUCCCCUCCGCUCCGGCCGUCGUGGCCGACACUACUCCUCGCGCACCAGCAAGCCGUCAAGGAUGCGCGCUGACCACUCACCCUUCGACUACUCGUCGCUUGUCUCGCCCACCACUAUGUCCAGGUCACCACGCCGCUCGUCGUCCCCUCCCCCUCCCCGCUCUCUCCCUCAAAACCAGGGCAAAUCCGUGCCCGGGUUUCAACUCGGCAGUCUCCCUCGCUUCCACCCGGCUGUCUACCAGUCCACCUCGACGUCACACAAUGCGACCGGCCAACCAUCGUCCCCCCGACAGUCUCGCCAACACCACACAUAUCGCACCUCGAGCGGGUCACGCGACAUGAUGUGGCAGUAUCGCGACUGGAUGGACAAUGGCUCUCCCGGUCCGUCGGCCCCACGCCUGGAUCCGCUGAGCAGUCCUGGCCCGGUUACCCCGCUGGCCCUGGAAGACGCCCAGGGGUAUUUUGUCAGCAGUGGCUCAGCCAAGGCCGCCUCUGAGCGAGCUUCCCGAGAGGUGGGCAACAAGCAGGCCGGCCCGUCGCCCGAACUUGUGGAGAAACUGAUCGCUCGCGAGAACGAGCGCACUCGACAGAAGAAUCGCAAAUCCGCAAAGGGUUGGCCGUGA